AUGUCGGCGAACAACGGCCUCACAGGCGCGCUGGAGGCGACUACGCUGCCCAUUGCGAUGACCAUCAGCGCCUUUACGGCGAUAGCAUGGUACAACGUCAUCGACCUCAACGUGGUCAUUUGGAUGACCUUUAAACGCCGCCAUGGGCUCUACUUUUACAGCCUGCUCGGCGCGUCGUGGGGGAUUGCAAUAUUCGCCCUGGCAUUUCUCAUGAAGUUUUUCAAUAUUUGGACAAAUCCUUAUGUAUCAUGUGUCUUUAUUACCAUCGGCUGGUAUGCUAUGGUUACCGGCCAGUCGCUCGUCCUGUACUCUCGACUACAUCUUGUCGUCCACAAUAAGCGGAAUGUUCGAUGGGUCCUCUACAUGAUUAUCUGUAGCGUUUUCUUGUUCCACUUUCCUACAACGGUCAUGACUUUUGGGGCAAAUUCAGAAAUGGCAGAUGUCUUUGCUACCCCAUAUUCGAUCAUGGAGAAGGUUCAAGUCACAGCCUUCUGCAUACAGGAAUUUAUCAUCUCGGGCCUCUACGUCUACGCCACUCGACAGAUUCUCAAGCCGGGGGGGGUCUUCCAGAAGAAACGCACACGCCAGGUCAUGUUGCACUUAAUCUACGUUAACGUUCUGGUCAUCUUGAUGGAUAUUACGCUCCUCUGUACCGAGUACGCCAACCUCUACGAAAUCCAAAUCACGUUCAAAAGCGCUCUCUACAGCGUCAAAUUGCGACUCGAAUUCGCCGUUCUCAACCAGCUGAGAUCACUCGUGUUCCCAGGCGAUAGUGGCGGCCAGCAUAGCAGCUCGAAUCAUAACCAUCAGAGUCGGGCCAGAGACGAUGUGGUCCUCGCCACACUCCAGGACCGAGGCCACCAGGGAGACGACAUAGCGCAGUCGAGAAACUAUACGUGCUUUGCAAGUGGCGAGAGACAUCCGUCGCCGUUUUCUCGCCGCAGCCAGGAUGAUACACGAGUGAUGAUGACGACCGAGGUUGUGGUGAAGACCGAAGAUGCUUCCAAGAAAGAACAGGGGGCAGUGACGAGGACGGAUAUCGUUGCGAAUGGCAGCACGACUCGGCAGAAUGGCAAGGUCUCUCCGAAUUCAUCAGAGGUGGAUUUCGCAAACCGUGGUUAUUGA